AUAAACCUCAUAAUAAUAAUCUAAUUUGACAAUAUUGUACAAUUCACUAAUUUUGUAAAACGGUCCCACGGCCAAAGACUUGUAGAUGAGCUAAGGUCUGUAAAAAAUGAUUUCGAAACGCAUUAAAAUAUCACCUCUGGUGAUCACUAUGUAAAAAAUGUAUGCAUACUUCCAUGGAAAAUCUUAACAAAUGAAAUGAUAAUAUUUGAGUUUAGAUUGAUACUUUUUACAUGUUUCCAACCAAAGUUGCGUGCUAUUCAGUUAAUAAUUGUCCUUAUAUUUAACAUAAUGGACCUCGUUACUAUGGCACCAAUGUAUUUAUUUAUUCCUUCAAAAGUUAAAUAGAGUUAGUUACCAAAAUAAAAUAUUAUUCUACAACAAGAUGACUUCAUCAAAUGUCGAAUUAGAGAGAAUACUUUCAUUUGAGAAUUUCAUCGGUUCCGAUUGCCGUGGUGUAGAGGAUUUGUUGUUGAUGGACGCAGAAACAUUGGCAUUUAAAUCCGGUCAAUAUCUCUAUUUCUUCAAAAUAAAUACAAAAAUAUUAACUUCAAUGAAAUGUACCGAUGGAUUAAUUGGAGCUAUAACAAUGAAUAUAAACAAUAGUCAUUUGGCAAUAGCUGAAAAUGGUCGACAAUCAAAGAUUUCCAUUCGUUCAUAUCCAAGCAUGGAGACCGUCAAUACAUGUACAGCAAAUACUACAGAAUGGACUCACUUGAGUUAUUCGAGAACGGGUGAGCUAUUAGCAUCACAAUGUGAAGUUGGAGUCACAAUUUGGAAUUGGAUGCAAGCAACUAUACUGCUAAAAUUCGAAAACUCCGAAAUAAGAAACAAUUUUGAUUUAAAAUUUUCAAUGGGAAAUGAUCGAUUUCUGUAUACUGGUGGAGCGAAAUAUGUGCAUUUUUGGGAUAUUGUACAAACAUUUACUGGUUUAAAAUUGUUGCAUAAAAUCGGUCAUUUUCGUAAAUUGAAAUCUUGUGAUAUUCUGACGGUAUGUCCAAGCGACAAUCAUUUGUUGACGAACUGCGAAUGGGGAAACAUUCUUGUGUGGGAAGAUGGAAAAAUAAAAUUUGAAAUAUGUCGAAAAAAUCGCCAACCAUUACACAAUUCACCAAUCACACAAAUUAUAUUAUGCAAAGGCUAUUUGUAUACCAUUGGAUUUGAUAAUUACGUUCGAAUAUGGUUUUGGGAUACAGUUGCUAUUGAAGAUAUGCGAGAAUAUGAUAAAAUCAUUGAAUUCGAAGCCAUCUAUGAAUAUGAAAUCAAGUCUCAAUCGAAUAACGAUUUACUUUCAUUUACAAUAUAUUCGGGAAAUAAGCAAUUUAACAACUACAUUCAUGAUGGCAAUGGAGUCAUUUGGAAAAGUGUCAUAGAUUUAGAUUUUACAUCGCAUAACUUGGAAGUAAUUUUUCGAGCAAGCUCGAAAGAUGUGGUAUGCGUGCAAAUGUCACCAGUUUCAACGCAACUCAUCACAUUAGACAUUAGAGGUGUCUUAUGUUUGUAUAACUAUAAGAGCGGAAGAAUGGUCUUUCAUCAUCGCUUUUUCCCCAUCACCGCAUCUACUUUGGCUUGGUGUUCGAAAAAAAUUGAUGAUUCAGGAAAGACGAUACUAUUUGGAUUUGAAGAUGGUUCCAUUCGUGUCACAUGCUCUGAUAUAAAUGAAAAUAACUGGGAAGGUUCUAGCAUUAGAGCUUUUCAACAUAUAAAACCACAUACUAAUGAAGUUAAGCAAAUUGUAAUGAGCAACAAUAUUGUGGCUUCGGUAUCCGAUGAUAAAACAAUCUUCAUUUACACAAUUUUACAAAAUGUCAAUGAAAUUUUGCUCAAUCCAAUUGGCUUUAUUCCGAUGAAUUCAACGGUGCAACAAAUAUCGUUUCAAAAGCAAUUCCUUAUCGUUGCAAAUGACAACAAUGAGCUUCUAAAAAUAUUCAUUUCGAGUGAUAUGCGACACGAUCAAAACUCUUAUUUAUUAAAAGAAUACACCAAUUCUGUUAAUAAGAUGGAUUUUACAACCGACAGCAAAUUACAUCAAGUCAUUUUGAUAACAACAAUAAGUGAUAAAGUUGUUUGGAUACUGUUAUCGAACGGGAAUAUCUAUGAUGAUUCUUUUACAAUCAUUAAAGAGUCUGGAUCAAUAUGUUAUUAUGUAACUUUUGAAAACAAAUAUGUGAUAAUAUGCUAUGCUAAUGCUAACAUAUCAGUUGAACGUAUUCUAUCUCACCAACCAACUCAAUUUGAGCAGAUUUAUAUGCUUUCGAUACCGCAAGACUUUCAAAUCCAAUCGUCUCGUAUGAAUUUCAGCUUCGAUUAUUCUAACUUAAUCAUUCACAACUCAAGUGGAUCUGUUCUGUGCUACAAAUGGAAAUUAGCAAUAGAAUCGUCUGAAAAUAUUUAUUCUUACCAACGAUGCAUGAUUGAACAUCAAAUUGUUGAUGAAGAUAGUGUAAUUAACUGUUUGAGUUUAGAAGAACAGAAACGCGUUGAAUUGGAAAAUCAACGCAAAACUCAAUACCAAGAACGUAAAACUGAAAUUUUGGAAAUUAUUGCUAAACUGAAAAAUGAUUUUGCAAUUAUCAAAUAUCGAAAUAAUGAACUAUCCGAUACAUUUCAAAUGAGCCCAUCUGCAUUUGAAAUUGAUAAAAGAAUAACAGAAGAUUUGAAAUGGAGAACACAACUAAAAUUUAAGGUCAUUCAAAAAGAACUGCAGAUGAAAAUUGAUAAAAUUCGUGAACAUGCUGAACGUAUGGAGCACAUUUAUUUGGACAAUUUAGAACACUGGCCGAUUAAAAUUUCGGGAUUUCGAAGUCGUAAAAUGUUAGAGACAUUUUUAAUAUAUGAAAUCAAUGAUGAAUUCCAAGCGCUUAAAAUUCAAUUUGAUGACAGAGGAUCUCUGACUACCGAUUCAAGUGAAUCAAAUGAGAAUCGUGUAGUUAUGAACCGUCCAGAGGGGUCAAAUGAUUCUGUCAGAUUGGAUAGGUCUCGUAGCAGUUUGCAUCAAGCGAAUGAAUACAUUUGUUCCAUAGCAGAACAAAUAGAUAAUAAUCAAGUUGACAUCCAAACAAAACGGUUGUACAAAAGAUAUAUGGCCCGCAAGCAGCAGGAUAUUGAACACAGAAAACAACGAAAGCAGAUAGAAGUACUGGAACCACGAAUUAGUUGCUCAAAAAGCAGUGAUGAUAAUUUGGAAUGUGUAAAUAUAGAAGCGACUGCAGAUUUCGAAGCACAAGCAAAUCAAACCAUUGUCAAUAAGUAUCGUUUGCUCAAGUCACUGAAGCAGCAAAUGACCCAAAACAAGCAAGAUUUUAACGGGAUUGUUUUGAAUUUACAAGAGGAAAAACUGAAAAAAUGCGAUAUUCUGUCUGAGAAAAUUGAAAAUCUUCGUCAAAUCUAUAAAAAACUAUAUUGCAAUAUGAUUGAUGUCAAUGAGAGUUCCGAAAUUAUUGUACAAUUUGAUGGAAAAUCGUUCAAGGAUAAAUAUAUGAAUAUAAAAUACUUGAAAACCAAACAAAAACCUUUCGAUGAAUCAAACGAAAAACAUCGAAUGGACAUUUGGACGAUAGAUCUUCAUAAAACGAUGAAUUCAUUAUUUUUCCAAAUUGAGAAUAUUUACCAGGAUUUUGACGUAAAAAUCAAAAACAUCGUUGAACAAAGUAUUGAAAUCUCUCUGAAAGUUCAAUUCAAGGAAUUGUACUAUUUUGUAAUUUAUCAAGAACUAUUGGUAUUAAACAAAUUCGAAAAACCAAAUAAAGCUCUACUUAAAUCGAUUGAACUCACCAUCGAUAAAUUGCAAACAAAUGAAGAAGAAUUAACAACGGCUAAGUCAAAAUUUAAAAAAUUAAUGAAAGAUGAUGCACUCAUUGAUACUAAUGGAAAAAUUAUCGAAAUGGAAGUUCUUUUCAAAGAAAAUAUCAUAAAUGAUAGUGCCAUAGCAGACCAACAACUUGAAAUUUUAAAAAAGAUUACGGCUCUACCAAUGUCAUCAACCCAAUCACAGAUCAUUAAACCAUUGGUUGGAACCAUCGAGUGUCUUUUAAAAGAUUCGAUCAGUUUCAACAAAGAUCUUAAGGGUGAUAAAUAUGCUCUUAAGAAAAUGAUGGAUGAAAAAGAAACACAAUUGAAUAAUAUUGAUGUGGUAAUUAUGUUGCCAGAGGAUAAUUUACGAAUAAAAUCAAAUGACACCACCACCAUCAACUUUGAUGACUGGGUUUUGGUUAACAAGAGUAAUAUGUCAAAAAUACACGAACAAAUAAACGAAUAUGAAACUGAAAUUCUUAACGAACACAAGAGACAAAAAUCACUUCAAACGCAUCUAAAUCAAAUAAAGAGUAAUUGCAGCAAAAUUAGUAGUGAAAUAAAUUUUCUGCGAUGUGCGGCCAAUGAUAAAAUGUUGAAGAAGUUUGGCAUGAAAAUUGACUUUGACGAAAUGGAAGAAGCUGUACUAACCCGACUGAUGACAAAUCGAAUAAAAACUGAUGAAGAUAUAAACGAAAAAGAAAAGAAUGUACGAAAAUUAAAGAAAAUCCUGGAGAACAAAAACAAGGAACUUAUAUAUUUGAAGCAACUACAAAUUGAAAAGUACAAUGUUUUGAUUACGCUUCAAGGAGAGCUGAACGUUAUAAAUUUUGAAAAACGCGUUUUUGAUUUUCGCGAAAGAUUACAGAGGAAAUAUUCAUUGGCUAAAAUUUUGAAAAACGAAGAAAAGGAUUUUGAAAAAUUGCAAACACUUUCGAAACAUCAAAAGCAGCAAAUCCAAAAUAUUACAAAAGAAAUUCGAACACUUCGGUCAAAAAUCAAGCCACAAGACCAAGGACAACAUAGCUCUCAAAUACUAACAUUUCCAAAUGCCUAUAUACUUGAUGCAUGCGAGGACUCACCACGAACAAAUCAAAGCACAAAAUCAUACGCAAUUGAUACUUUUGAAGUAUCUAGCGCAUCAUCUUCAUCAUCAAAGCCACUAGACGCUCUAUAAAAUUGUAACCAAGUGAUACAAAAAUUUGAGUGGUACAUUUUUGAGAAACAAGUAAAAUUUAUUUUUGCACUUUUCACAGGGACCCUGUACAAACACAAAAGUAAAAAAAAAACACAUUUUUUCUCACUUCUCACAAAGUGUUUUCAUAGUUUCCUUCAAAUUUUGCAUCCCAAUACAGAUUUGAAUCAAGAUUUCAAACGAAUAGUUUUUAUCUUUGUUGUUUAUUCAGAUUGAGAAAAUCGAAUGCUGCAAUAGCUUGACAUAGUAUAAAAGGAUGUUCGUUCCACGGCAAAACUAUCAGUCUUUGUAAAUCUUGACUUCGAAGUGAAAUUUAAAACAAAAGGAAUAUGAAGCUCUUCACAACUUUUGCUGCUGUAAUUGUAAUUUGUGCCGUUAUUGCUGGCGCUGCUCCUUCAGCGCCACCGUAUGAACCACCUUCUGGAUCACCAUCACCACCAAAUGGUACUCCAUGGUACUCCACCAACGGGAACUUCGUCAACUCUAUCAAGUACAAAACUCUGAAACCUCUACAAGCGGAAUCAUUCCAAGUGCUACACCUCCGACUCCUCCUUUUGGUCUUCCAUAAUCAAGAGGGCAUAGAUAAGUACAGAAGAAUCCUUGUCAAGUUUGGAUUAAACAAAUUAAAAAUAUCAAUUAUACAUACAUAUCAAUACUUUCUUACACUACCUAACGUAUGCUAAGAACUAUCUUCAAAUAAAUA